AUGAACGAUCCAUUCAACAGUGAUUACAUCACAUUCGUCUUCAGCGACAAUCUCUACGAAGGGGGUGGUUCGUCAGCCCCGCAAUUCGAAGGUGACAAUGUUAUGUGCGAACACUACGAUGCGUUCAUCGAGCCCGAAGGGAAGAAGCGCAUGGUUGCACUAGGGCGGUACAUUGGAAAAAUCAGGAAGUUUUCCUGUUUACUGACUUCUUCCAAGAAACGUUUAUUCAACUGGCAUUUUUGGUCGCCCUUCGCACGAAAAUUACUCGCCAUUGCUAAGAACAUAUCGAACAUCACCUUAAAUCGUCGAAUGCAGAGAGCAAGGUUCUGGUUUCUUAUUGAAAUCUCUCAACAACUCUAG